AUGUCAGAGGAAGAACUCCUGCGCGUUCGUACGGCCAAAACUAUUGACCUACUCAAUGGCAAACCAGAAGACAAGCGUGAACAAAUACGCGAAUAUUUUCACAAGACCUUUAACUUAUAUGAGGAGCUAUUCGCGACUGUGAAAGAUGCUGCAUUCUACUACAAACCGGAUCCGCUAAGACAUCCUUUGAUCUUCUACUGGGGCCACACGGCUUGUUUCUUCGUGAACAAGUUGGUCCUUGCUAAGCAACUGGACAAUAAUGUGGACGCUAAUGUGGAGUCUAUUUGCGCUGUGGGUGUGGACGAGAUGUCGUGGGACGAUCUCAAUGAGGAGAGCUACGAUUGGCCAACAGUGAGCUACGUGGCUGGGUAUCGCAAGAAAGUGCGUGCUGUAGUGGACGCCCUCAUCACCUCGUUGCCACUGACCAUGCCGCUGGACUGGAAUUCACCCAUGUACAUCAUUAUCAUGGGCAUUGAGCAUGAAAAGAUACACAUCGAGACCUCCACAGUGCUCAUACGCCAGCUAAAGAUCAACGAUGUGAUCCCCACGCGCCUGUUUGAGACGUGCCCAUCUCGUGGUGAGGCACCGGCGAAUAAGUUGGUACAGAUCGAAGGGGGCAAGGUGGCCCUGGGCAAGGCGUUCGAGGGCAGCAGUACGUACGGAUGGGACAACGAGUACGGCACGCACGAGUGCGAGGUGGAAGGAUUCAAAGCGUCACAGUUUCUGGUGUCCAAUCAAGAAUACUUGGCAUUUGUAGAGGCUGGAGGGUAUGAGACUCCGCGAUAUUGGACCGAUGAAGGCUGGAGAUGGUGUACGUAUCGUCAGGCCAAGCACCCUCUGUUCUGGUCUCAGGAUGCGGAUGGACACUUCCUGCAGCGAAAUAUGCUUGAGGUCAUAGAAAUGCCCUGGAACUGGCCGGUGGAGUGCAACCAACUGGAAGCCAAGGCCUUUUGCAACUGGCUGAGUGAGAAGGACAACACCAGUAUCAGACUGCCCACAGAAGACGAGUACAUGCUCAUGCGCACACACAUGGACGUACAACAAGACCAGCAUGAAUGGCCGGAGCCCCCGGGUAACAUUGACCUGCAACACUUUGCCAGCUCGUGUCCCGUGGACAUGUUCAAGCAGAGCAGCACGAAGGGUCUGUACGAUAUCAUGGGAAAUGUGUGGCAAUGGACUGAGACGCCGAUGUACCCCUUCGAGGGCUUCAAGGUGCAUCCGAUCUACGACGACUUCACUGUGCCUACAUACGACACACAACAUAACUUGAUUAAAGGAGGAUCAUGGGUUUCCGGUGGCAAUCUGGCCACUGUGCGUUCCAGAUAUGCAUUCCGCCGACACUUCUAUCAGCACGCAGGGUUCCGGUACAUCCAGUCAGAGCACGCACCGGUAGUGCCCGACAAUGCGGAGCCAUAUGAAACAUCAAAGGAGAUAUGUAAACACAUACACGCACAGUUUGGGGCGGUUACAAGCAGAUACGCACCCCAAGGAAACUUCUAUUGCAAGGCUGCUAGUUUAUGCGGAGAAGUGCUAAUGCAACAUCUCUCGAACGGAAAGGCGAGCAACGUGCUUGAGAUUGGGUGCCUUGGCGGCCGCAUGUCAUUUGAACUUGCACGUUACUUCGAUUCGGUCACCGGUGUGGAAAUCACGGCUAGGUUAAUACAGGUUGGCCACAGAUUACAAGAAGGGGGUGUAUUCCGUUACGUUACCACGAAAGAGGGAGACAUACAAAACUUCAAUGAGCUUCGGGCAAGCACGUGUGCAAUCACUAAUGACUUGGCAAAGAAGGUUACGCUUUUACAAACCAACCCCAAUAACAUGUACGAGCGUUUAACAGAUUUCGACUUGGUCAUCGUGUCUGAUAUCUGCCGACUUUCAAAUCCUACAAAGUUACUCGAAUCGAUACACAAGCGUAUGUCAGAAAACGCAGUGCUGGUUGUCUUUUCGAGCAAUGAUUGGGAUGAGCAAAUAUCCAAAUCCGAAGACUGGGUGGGUGGCCAUAAGGUCAAUGGAGAGAAUGUAUAUACGGACGUGGGUACUAGUACCAUACUCAGGCGCAAUUUCCGCAGAAUAGAUGUACCAGACGAGAAUACACUCCCACUGGUGUUCCAGGAAACGGCGAGUAAAUUCAGCGUUAAGGAAAUAGAAUUCAGUGCCUGGAGGAAACAAUAG